AUGUCUUCUGAAGCUUCUUUUCUCCCAGGCUCUUUCUUCUCAGCCUCUUCUGCACAGAGUCCAAAGACUCCUGAGAAGACUACCACACCCCUGAGUCAACCACAAGUCCAUCUACAGACUCAACAACACGAUGAGCUCCUUGAUCUCAUUGACACUUUAAGAUCUCAAGGAAUUCCUCAUUACAUUGAUCUGCCACAACUUAUUGUCUGUGGAGACCAAAGUGCUGGCAAAUCAAGUGUGCUUGAGGCGAUCUCUGGAGGUCUGCGCUUCCCUACAAAGGAUUCACUGUGUACUCGCUUUGCCAUCGAGAUCAUAUUGCGCCGAAGUCCGACUUCACUCGUUACGAUUGCGAUAAUUCCAGAUGCAAAACGCUCAAGAAAGGAGAAAGAAAGUCUUACCAAGUUCCAACCACCAACAGUCUCGUUGGAGGCAUUCCCAGACAUUAUUGACGCUGCUGCCAAAGCGAUGGGUAUUGAUGGCACUUAUAAGUCUUUCAGCAAUGAUGUCCUCCGGGUUGAGCUAUCUGGGCCAACCCAACCACAUUUGACCCUGGUCGAUCUUCCUGGGCUUUAUCAUGCCGGCAAUGAGCACCAGUCUUGGGAAGAAGCGGAAGCCAUUCACACGCUUGUGAAGUCUUAUAUGAAAAAGGAGCGGAGUAUUAUUCUAGCCGUUGUCUCAGCCAUGAACGAUUACAGUAACCAAAUUGUCACUGAGUAUGCGCGAAUGGCUGAUCCAAAAUUUGAUCGAACCUUGGGCAUCAUUACCAAGCCUGACACCCUCCACAGCGGCUCAAGCGCGUUGGAGGCUUUUCAGUCCUUGAUUAUUGGACAUGGAACGCAGUUUAAGCUUGGGUGGAACGCUCUUCGCAAUCGUGAUUACAAAACAAGAAAUUCAUCAACUGAAGAAAGGGACAAGGCAGAGGACUUGUUUUUCCAGGGCGACGACUGGAAGGGAGUUCCGAAGCAUCGAUUGGGCAUCAAAGCGCUCAGAAAGCGUCUGAGCGAAAUUCUAUUUACUCACAUAUUGAAAGAGCUCCCUCAACUUGUGCAAGAUGUUCACAAUGGAAUAACGAAAUGCGAAGAACGCUUGAAGGGCCUGGGUGCAUCAAGGCGUACUCUGGAAGAGCAACGAAAAUAUCUCGCCCAGAUCAGCCAGGCUUUUGCGAGGUUGAUGCAAGCCUCCAUUGAUGGCACGUACAGUGCGGCUUUUUUCGGUAGUUCUGAACCCGUUGAGGGCUACAACAAACGCCUUCGAGCGGUGGUGCAAAAUAUUCUGGGCGAGUUUGCUCAACGCAUGCGCUUGCAAGGACAUAGGGUCACACUCGUGGACUAUGUACCUAGCCAGGAAGAUUUUAAAAGUACGGUGCCCACGCCUACCCACCGGGACGUAUUCCUGGAAUAUGUUAAAGGUCGUCUAAAUCGUAAUCGAGGGACCGAGUUGCCGGGAACCUUCAAUCCAGCCAUCAUAGGGGACCUCUUCUAUGACCAAGCCCAACCAUGGAGUGGUAUCCUACAGGCUACAAGGGCGAAUCUGCUCAAAGCCACCGAGGCAACAAUCGACUUAGUUCUUGAACACGUCACCAAUCCAGCCACCGCUCGGGCUAUUCAGCUCUAUGUCAUACAGCCAAACAUGAAGGUGGUCUCAGAUGCACUUGCUGAGAAAGCCAAUGAAGUCCUCCGGCCUCAUCUCCAUGGUCGCCCACUGACGUUCAAUCACUACUUCAUCGAUAAUAUCCAGAAGAAGCGAAGAGAAGAAACCCGCAAGAACUUGGCUACAAAACUCAACGCGUUUCUAGGUAAAGACCCAGAAGCAAAAGUCGAAGUGGACAGGAUUUACGAGGGGAAGUUCAAUGUCCGUGCUCUCCUCGACUCGCUCGUACUCAAGACUGAGGUCGACUUCGAGAGAUUUGCAUGUGUUGAGGCCACGAAUGCGAUGGAGGCAUAUUAUAAGGUUGCAUUGAAAACUGUCAUCGAUGCUUUUGGCAUGUAUGCCGUCGAAGGGGCUCUCCUUGGAAAUCUGCCAACUGUCUUCAACCCCGAUGUGGUCGGUGAUUUGGACGAGGAAAUGAUCACAAAGGUUGCAUCAGAAUCUUCUGAAUCCAUUGCUGAACGGGAAGAUCUUGAGAAGCAACUCUCAACACUUGAAAAGUCCUUGAAAGCCUUGCAGCAAAUUAAGAUCCGUCAAAUUCCAGAUGUGCUACAAAGCAAAGGAGGGGAGCGAGAUCAGUCUGCCAAUUUGACUGCGGAGGAUCCGGCCAUUCGUGCAAAAAGAUCGAGCAGUACCGCCUCGCGGGAUUCAGGUAUCGGUAUUGGACUGGAAUGA